AAAGACAGAAAAGAAAGAGAGAAAGGGCGGAAGCAGAACCGUUCAAAGUGAAUAGGCCCACCGCCCACUACUAGAGCCACAUGUGAGGCCUUCUUAAACUUUCUUCGACUCUUGUUCGAACUUGGAAGACAGAGUUUCAUCGUCAGUUUCAACAGUUUUUUCGACGAUAAAGAAGAAGACCCAAGGGACGAAAGAAGAAUUAUAAGUGAAGGACCACAUGUCUCUGUGUCUCUCUUUAUAUUCAUGAAGACACCCCUCACUCCUUCCCACUUUCUUCCAUGGCUUGUUUGAGCGAUGAGCACUGGAAUUCCAUCUCCAAUAUGCUCUCCAGACGUCUCUCUAUCAAUGAAGAGGAACAGAAACAGCAAGAUGGAGAGCAAUCCAAGCAACAAAAGCAAUUUAAUAGUCUUUGUGUUCAAUUUCCAUUCGACAAGGUCUUUCCUGUUUAUGCAAUGGGUUUUUCCAGCUCUCACUCCGACCCGCUUUCGUCCUUACCCAAUUGCGGUGCUGACCCGAUUUGGGACGCUGUUCGACAAGAAGCCAAGUUGGAGGCAGAGAAGGAGCCGAUUUUAAGUAGCUUUUUGUAUGCUAGUAUUUUGUCACAUGAUUGUUUAGAUCAAGCUUUGGGGUUUGUUCUUGCCAACCGACUUCAAAAUCCUACACUUUUGGCGACUCAGCUUAUGGAUAUUUUUUCUAAUGUAAUGAUGCAUGAUAAAGAUAUUCAGCGUUCCAUUCGGUUAGAUGUGCAGGCAUUUAAAGACAGAGAUCCUGCUUGUUUGUCAUAUAGCUCAGCUCUUUUGUAUCUCAAGGGUUACCAUGCUCUACAAUCUUAUCGAGUAGCACAUGCAUUGUGGAAGCAAGGACGUAAAGUGUUAGCAUUUGCGUUGCAAAGCCGAAUCAGUGAGGUAUUUGGAAUUGACAUACAUCCAGCUGCAAGAAUCGGAGAUGGAAUAUUAUUGGAUCAUGGGACUGGUGUUGUUAUUGGUGAAACCGCUGUUGUAGGAAACCGAGUUUCUUUGAUGCAUGGUGUGACUCUAGGUGGGACUGGCAAAGAAAUCGGUGAUCGCCAUCCAAAAGUAGGCAAUGGUGCACUGCUUGGAGCCUGUGUGACUAUACUUGGGAAUAUAAAAAUAGGUGAUGGGGCAAUGAUUGCUGCUGGCUCCCUAGUUUUGAAGGAAGUUCCUCCACAUAGCAUGGUGGCAGGAAAUCCAGCAAAUGUGAUAGGAUACGUAGAUGAGCAAGACCCAUCUCUGACAAUGAAUCAUGAUGCCACCAAAAUAUUUUUUCAACAUGUGGCUGUCACUUGUUGGGAUGAAAGGUCUACCGGACCUUCAGAUACCAAAAACAAGGAAGGCGAGUGAGGGAUGUGCAUUAGUGCGAAGGGAAGGCAUAGACUUCCAUUGCUGAUGAAGUUAGCUUUAUUAAUCAGUUGAUGUAUAAUAUGCAGCAGCAUGAUACAUUACAGGACAUUUGAGAAUAAUGUUACUGUAGCCAUCUCAUAUCUAUUGUUCCCCUGGUCGAUGAUCCGAGACAUUAUUAUUUUUUAACAAUGCUCAACAAAUUUUGACUUGAGUAUUUGAUGUCCAA